AUGAAACGAAGAAGAGUCGUAGAAGACGAUGACGACGGUGACGAAAAUGACGGCAUUCAGCCUGAGGAUACACCAGAUACAAGUUUUGUAGAUGAUAACUAUGAAGAAACGGAACUUAACAAUAGAGCAGAUCAAAUAGUCAUUGAUGCCUUAAGAUUUGUUCUAGCACGAGAAUCCAGUGAUCAUUCUAUACGAAGAUCACAUAUAGGUAAGUUUAGUGGGCGGAAUAGGAUUUAUACCAUAGAUGGUUUGAUAGAAGCCAUUAAUCAACAAUUGAAACGAAUAUUUGGUUUACAAUUGGUUGAAACUGGGUCCGGGACGGGUCAAUAUAUUGUGCUAAAGCAUUUAGAUGAUGUUAGUAAUGAAAUCUUAGGGGACCUAUGGCAACAAGAGGUAAAUCAAAGUCUUGAAAAUGAGCUGGUUUUCAAACUUGUGGGGACAGAAUCAAAGACAACAACUCCAUUAACCAAUCCUGAACUUAUCAAGACUGGAGUAUUUACUUUGGUGAUAUGUUUAUUGGUUGUAUCUGAGAAUAAUCUUCAAGAAUCUGAACUUUUAAGUAAACUACAACUGUUUGGUAUAUCCAAUAAUUUGAAUGAUAGAAAUCAAGUAUUGAAUAUGAACUAUAAAGAGUUGAUCAUUGAUAUGAUAAGGAAACAGUACCUUUCAAAGCGUGCAAACACAGUUCAUGGUACAACUAAUACAUCGGAAACGUAUACUUUAGGAUCACGGGCAUUAAUGGAGAUCCCAUCGGAUAAAAUGUUGCUAUUGGUUAAGACUAUUUACGGAGAUAAGUUCCCAGAUGUUGAAGAGAAAGUGGUCAAGACAAUUGGGAGAGCAUAUGAAUAA